AUGAAUGAUUUUUGUAAUGAUCACCUAAACUAGAAGGUGACCCAUAUAUGUACAUACAAUCAUGUUUGUUAAAAAAGGUUAUGUGAAAUUUGCCUGAAAUGUCAUAUUUUUGAUGUUCCAUCUGAAAAUUUACUAACGAUUGAUAAAUGUCUCGAAAAACAAUAAGGUCUUAUAGAAAAAUAUAAGUUAAAUGAUGAAUGCAUGUUAAAAGAUUUUCAAGAGGAUAUUUAACAUAAGCUUGAUAAAAUACAUAACAAAUUUUUGGAGUGGAUUAAAUUAACUAAAAGUUGCAUUAAUAAAAUAAUUUAAUAAAUAAAAGAUACUAAUCAAUCUUAUAAAUCAGUUUUAGAGCAGCAUCCAUUAGAGUGUCCUUAGUUAAUUGUUCAUGCUAUUUCAUAUAAUCUUUAGGAAUACCCUAUACAUAUUUGGUCUAAAGAAUCGUAAACAAUAUUAAAUAAUUGCAAUCGAAAAUUUGAUUUACUUGUGAAAUCCUUUGACAAACUCAUAGAUAUAGCGAAUCGAGAAGUUUAUCAAAUUACUACAUUUUAUGAUGGGUAUUGUAUUUAAAUAAAAAUUAGAACUACUAAAUUAGAGGGUUUUAAGAUUUUUGGAGUAAAACAUGGUUAAUACAAUUAAAUUUUGGAAACAGGAGAGAUGUUAGAUGUAUUAAUUUUAUAAUAUUAAUUAAGGCAGGAUAAUAUGGAUUGAAUAAAAAAAUUGGUGUUUGGAAAUUUCAAGGAUGGCAUGAAAUUAUAAAUUAAUUACAAUAAACUAUAAUUGAAGUUAAUUUUUGUGAUGAGAUUGGGAUUAAAUUAUACAAGAAAAACAAUUAAAUUAUUAAGAUGUAUUAAUAUGAUCAAAUAAUUUAGAGAACAUAUAGAUAAUGAAAUAAUGUUGAACAUCGAAUAAAUAAAGUAUUUAAGCUGGAAAGGAAACUAUGAUCUAUUAGGAAGAAAAAUAGGAGUAUGGAAUGCUAAUUGGAAGGGAUAAGAUAUAGGAAUAGGUGGAUUAUAUGAUACUAAAGGCUAUAAGAUUGGGAUAUGGAAAGAAUCAUUAAUGCAAUAUUCUCAGUACAAGAUUCCUCAUUUAAUUAUUUAGUUCUUGCUAAACUAUAUGUAGUGGAGAAUACAAAAAUGGAAUGAGAUUUGGAAGAUGGGAUAUUCUUUAUAAAACAAAAUAUAUGGAAGAGAUUAAAAUAAUGUAAUAAUUAUCAAUUAUUUACAAAGUGGAGGAGGAUUUUAUAAUAAUCAUGGUAUGAAAGAAGGAAUUUGGGAAGAAUUAUUUGAUAAUUUUAGCAUGUAUAUUACUAAUAAUUAUAUUUUAGUAAUAAUUAGGUAAUUUAAGUUGGAUAAUACAGAUAAGGAUAGAAAUUUGGAAAAUGGUCAAUUCUAUUUAGGGAAUAUUCAAAUUUCAAAUUUAAAUAUGUGUACAAUAUUGAAUUAUCAUAAAUAGAGGUGGAGGAAUGUUUGAACAAGGUAAGAAAAUAUAAUAAUGGACGGAAUUAGACUAAUAUUAUGGAAAGUAAAUAUAGGGUUUAAUUAUUUUAUAGAGAUAAUGAAAUUAUUUAAGUAGGGUGUUAUAAGGAAGGUAUAAAAAUUGAUAGAUGGGAUAUUAAAUACAGAGAAGAUUCAGAUAAAUAAUUCUAAAUUUUGUAAAUUAAAGGUUAAAUUUAUUAGGGGUGGAGGUGAAUAUGAUGAUAAAGGGAUAAAGAUAGGCUAAUGGAAAUAAAUAGAUAAUCAUUUUUCUAAGUAACUUCUAAAUUUUAUUGUUAGAGAUAACUAGAUCAUAUUGAUAGGAAAUUAUAGAAAAGGAAAAAAGUUUGGAAGAUGGGAUACAUAUUAUAAAUAGAGUUCAUAAUUUUAAUUGAUGUAUAAAGAAUUAUAUUAUAGAGCUGGAGGAGAUUAUGAUGAUGCAGGUCUACAGAUUGGUAAUUGGAUAGAUAUUGAUGAAUUCUUUAAGAGCAAGUAUAAAUAAAUAAAGAUGAAUAUUAGACACUGUUAAUUUACUCUAAUUGGAUAAUAUUAAGAUGGAAAGAAAGUUGGAAGAUGGGAUAUAUUGUCCUUACAAAAUAGAAAUUCAGAGUAAUAUUUAGUGUAAAAUUUAUAUGCAAUAUUUUUGUGCUGGAGGAAAUUAUAAUCUAUAGGGUUAAAAAUUUGGAAAAUGGAUAGAACUGGAUUAUCGUUCUUCUAAGUAUUUACUCUUUUUCAUAGAAAAAUUUCAGUUAAUUAUAAUUUUUGGAUGGAGGCGAAUAUAUUAAUGGGAAAAAGGAAGGACUUUGGGUAAGCCAAAUUCAAGAAAAAUUAAAAUUUUAAAUUGAACUAGUGUAAAAAUUAUUUAAAUAUAUCACUCAUUCAGUAUUGGAGGAGAGUAUUAAGCUGAUGUAAAAACAGGGAAAUGGAUUGAAUUUGCUGACUCUUUUAACUAGUAUUCUUUUAAGUCUUAUUGAUAGUGAUUGUUAAGUAAUUGAAGUUGGUGUAUAUAAGAAUGGAAACAGAUCUUAUAGAUGGGAUGUGUAAUACAGAAACUAAUAAGAAUAGAAAUUUUAAACAAUGUAAUUUAUUUGUUUUUAGUAAUAACUAUAUCUAAAGAGCUGGAGGUAAUUAUGAUUUGUAAGGAAAUAAAAUAGGAAAGUGGACUGAAUUGGAUACUUGCUUUAAAAAGUAAUAUAUAGAAAAAAUCUAAUAGAAAUUUUUAAGUAAUUCAUGAAGGAUAAUACGAAAAUAAUAUGAAGAAUGGAAAAUGGAAUACAUAAUUUAGAGAAGUAUAAAACAAAAAGUUUGAUAUCAUGUAAUGUAAUAUUUUAAAUAUUAGAGCUGAAGGAAGUUAUUCAAACGACAAUAAAAUUGGGAAAUGGAUUGAAUUAGAAAAACAUUACUAAAAGUAUCUAAUAUUAAAAUUAUAAAUUUUUAGAACUUAUUAAGUUAUUUAUGAUGGUUAAUAUCAGAAUGGAAUUAAAAUUGGAAAAUGGGAUAUUUUAUACAGAUAUAAUACAAAUCAAGAGUUUAUAACUAUGUAAAAGGAAGUUAAUAAAUAUAAUUUAGGGCUGGAGGAUUUUAUGAUGUAAAUGGAUUAAAGAAUGGAAAAUGGUGUGAACUUGGAGAUUAUUUAGAGGAGUAUACAAUUUUUAUUAUUUUUUUAGUGAAAACCAAGUGAUAUUUAUAGGAGAAUAUUCAGAUGGAAAAAAAUUUGGGAGAUGGAAUAAAAAUAUCUUGAAAGUUAAGGAAGAUGAAUUGUAAAUUAAAUUUUUAAUAUAAUAAGUUCUGAUUGA